CUGAUCUUAACUGAAACCCUUUUGGCAUUAUUAUUUCAUUCCUGACAAAAUGUGCGUGAGAUAUCUUGGAGUUUUUCUCCUGGUUUGGAAUCCACAAGUGCUGCAUGCACAAAGUGCAGCUCAGCCUUGUCCUGCUCCCAGUCUGAAUGGCGGGUUUUUUUCCCCUGGACAAUCAGCUUAUAAUCAUGAAGCCACGCUCAGUUAUGCCUGUCAUGCCGGACUUAAACCAGCAGUGAAGGGCUGGUGGGGGACCAGCAGGUGUCAAAAUGGCAAUUGGUCUGCUAAUCCCCAAUGUAUAGAUGAAAAAGCCUGUAUGCCACUGACUAUCCCAAAUGGAAACUACGAUGCAAGCACAGAUGGUUGGUAUAAGGAUGGAGGCAAAAUCAGGGUAAGAUGUGAAGAAGGAUAUGAACACAAAGACCAUGACGCCACAGCGCAGUGUAUAAACGGAAUAUGGUCCUCUGUGCCAAUCUGUGAAAGGAGUACCGAAUCAUGUGGUGAUCCCCCUAAAAUCCCCCAUGCAGUCAUCAUUGGUAAGGGAUACCAGGAGGUGUUUGCUGUAAACUCACAACUGCAGUGUAAGUGUGAAGAUGGAUAUGUUGCAGAGGGAGCAGACACCAAAACAAUCAUUUGCAUCUCAGGAAACUGGACUGAAGGCCCAACGUGCAGUGGGGGGGACACUACUGUGACGGAACCUGUCUCCGGAGUCAACACCUGUGGAACUCCCCCCCUGGUUGCUAACGGUGACGUUGUGAAAAACACUGGAAGGUAUUUGCAGUACCGAUGCGCUGCUUAUUACGAACUAGUGGGUCCGAAGAUGGUGGAAUGUUACAGCAAUGGCACGUGGUCCGAAGCACCCACCUGCAAAGCCACCUACUGUUCUGUGAACACUGAUGAAGUUUCUCACGUAAAAUCUGUUGGAGUCAGAUUUAUAAAUGAUGGUGAAGAAGAGCAUUUGGAAUGUUCCAGGUCUGGCAGGUUUUUUUAUCAAUUUUCUGAAGCCCGGUGCACUCAUGGGAAAGUUAAGUUUUCUGAAUGUUGCCAUAAGGUUGAAAUAAAAACGGGUCUCUGCAACGAUCUAUUGCCAGGAAUGUAAUGCUGCCCUUGGAUUGGCUCUCACACACUGAGACACCCUGGCAACUUUUGAGGGUUAAGAUUGUGAGACACUUUGUGUUUUCUAGAAUAUAUGUCUGGCUUUUCAUAUGGUUCUGUGAAUGCCUCACUACUGUAGGAGGAAAUGACUGUGCUUAAAGGUGCAAAAAUAACUCAACAAAUACAGUGUGUAUUUCAUCUAGAGGUCUCAAUAAAGUAUUCAACUCUUG